AUGGGCAACAAUCAAUCCCAAAUCGUGCGCUACCUUGCGCCAGCAUCGUUCCUAUACGACUUCGCAGCGCAGCAAUAUGGCAUGUUCAGUAGCCCCAACAUGCUGGACAUUCACAACAAGAAUCUCGCAGCGUUCAGUCCCCAGCCGUACUUCAUUGCGGGAUUCUUCUUCCCGCAGCAGCUUUUCCAACUUGCAUGGUUAUGGAAACUUUGGAAUCAGCAGGGCAAUGCGGCGGAGACGAGGAUGAUGAAUCGAUUUGCAUACGCGUAUGCGCUGGGGAAUGUUUGUAUUGGAACGUGGAUGUUCUUCUGGAACUCCAACAAUCUCGCUACAUCCAACAUCUUCGUCACGAUCAACACAGUCGCGCAACUAUUCUACAUCACUACCCAACUUGAGCCCAUCGAUUACAACUCCACGCCCAACCUCCUCACGCACAUCGUCGCGAAGACGUUUGCGGGAAUUGGCGUCCUAGACCUCCUCCACAACACCAGCGCGGCGUUCUACAAAGGCAUACCACCCAACAGCGCAGUACAAAUCGCCACAGGUCUGGGCUUUGCAGGCGCGACGGCGUGUAGUGACUGGAUCUUUGGUGGGUGCCUGGUUUACGAUCUUGUUGCCUUAGGAUGCGGGCAGAGUGGAAGCUGGAGUCAAUUGCUGUUUGGAUAUGCCGCUGGCGCGGCGGGUAUUCUGGCGGCGAAGAAUUACUUCUAG